AUGACGAUUCUAGAUAUAAUAACUGAAAUUCUACGAUUUUGUAGCUUUCCAACUUUUCCGGAGAAUGAUGAAAUGAUGGAUAAUUACGAAUUAUAUCGUUGGCAACAUACUAUUCAAUCUGGAAUUUUAUUGCUCCUUUUCAUACUUUGGUUGUAAGUUUAUUCACAAUCUGCUUCGUAUUUAAAGAUUAUCCGAUUUUUCUAGAAUUAUUGGCUGUUUUGUAUCACGUGAAGUCUUUUUAGUGCUAUUGGAUCAUCACAAGAUCAGGUCAGUUUUUAUGGCGGGAACAUUUUUGUUUUCUUUUGUGAAAACAAUAAGACAUUAUUUCCAAAAAACCAGAUGUUUUCUAUUUUACACCACUUUUCUCGAAUAGAAAAAUAAUAGAUCUUUUCCGAAAGGGUUUCAAAUUUUUUGUUUUUUGAAAAAUGUGCAUUUUUGGAGAUUUUUGAGCCUUGGAGAUUUUAUAUAUUCUGUUGGAAUUUUUCAAUAGAGAUUUGAUUUUGGCUCUCUUUUGUUAGGAAAGAGAUUUGGAAUAAAUGAAAGUGGAAUGAGGAUUAGCGGGAAUAAUAAGAUAAAUUGAUAAUGAAUGAAUGUAGUUUGGAAGUGAAUAUAUAAAAAUAAGUAAUUUUUGAAAAUGAAUGUGUGAAAAAAAUCGAAAAAUAUAUGUGCGAACUUUCUGAGAAUUUUUAAAAGAUAUUCCAUCUUAUUUUCCUGAAAAAAAUAGAAAAUGUUUUGAUCUUUUUUAGUAUAAAAAAUAUCCAAGAAUGUUUGAAGAAGACUGAAUGCUUUUUUGCCCACAAUAUGUUAAACUUUUUUCUUUUUCAAAAUGAACACAUUUUUUCUGGUCACAAUAUCUCAAUUGAGUCUCUUUCCCCUUCUGAAUCGUAAUUUUCCAGACAAUCUCGAACCAAACCUCUUCCCAAGCGCGAAUAUCACGGGAAAUACAGCGUGAAGAAGAAUCGUUGCCUAACAAAAGAGCGAAAUCAUCAACCAAAUGGUCUAACUUCUGCUGCAGAUCAACCAUAA